CACACCAUACCCGAGCCAUGGUCUAGGAAGCACUGGGACCAUGAAGGGCUUAGGAGACAACAGAAGCCGCCAUCUCUCUGAAAACCUGGACUCCCCUCAAGACUCUCUUUAUGCCCCCCAGGACAGGAACCCUUAUCUCCUCAGCCCCACCGACUCCUUCACCAUGGAUCCCCGAUUCCCGGCCCAGAACACCGUCCACGGUGACUGUCUCCUGCCGCUCAACAACCAGAUCUCCAACAGCAGCACUUUCCCCCGCAUCCAUUACAACUCCCACUUCGAGGUCCCGGAUGAUAACCCGUUUCCAAGCCAUGCCCAAGCCACAAAGAUCAACCGCCUGCCUGCCAACCUCCUCGACCAGUUUGAGAAGCAGCUGCCCAUCCACAGGGACGGCUUCAGCACCCUGCAGUUCCAACGGAGUGAUGCGAAGCACCGGAGCGAGAGCCCGGGCCGCAUCCGGCACCUGGUGCACUCCGUGCAGAAGCUCUUUGCCAAGUCCCAGUCCCUGGAGGGCCCCGCCAAGGGCAACGUGAACGGGAAGAAGGGGGCAGAUGACGCCAAGCAAAACCGGAGGAGCAAGAGCAAGGACCGGGCAAAGACCUCCGAGCCCAAGCGCAGGACCAGGUCCAACAUCUCGGGCUGGUGGAGCUCCGAUGACAACCUGGACAGCGACACCUGCAGCUACCGCAACCCCAUGGGGCUGAUGACGCUGGGCCGGCAGCCCGACCACAGCCAGCCAAAGUACUUCAUGCACGCCUACAACACCAUCAGCGAGCACAUGCUGAAAUCCUCCAAGAGCAAUAACGACCUCAAGGUCACUCCUUGCACCAAUAUCCCCAUCAACAACGACUCCAACUACAUCAAGCGGGGCUCCUGGUCCACGCUGACACUCAGCCAUGCCCGGGAGGUGUGCCAGAAGGCCUCCGCAACCAUCGACAAAGCCUUGCUCAAAUCCAAGUCCUGCCACCAGGACCUGGCCUACCACUACCUGCAGGUGCCUCACGGGGAGUGGAACAGCACGCUGUCCCGGGACAAGGACAGCGAGAUCCCGUGCCGGCGCAUGCGGAGCGGGAGCUACAUCAAAGCCAUGGGGGAUGAUGAUAGUGAGGACUCAGAAACCAGCCCCAAACCAUCCCCGAAAACUGCAGCUCGGAGGCAGAGUUACCUCAAGGCCACACAACAGUCCCUGAGUGAGCAGAGCACCACACAAAGGAGCCUGGACCGCCUGGACUCUGUUGAGAUCCUCUUACCUCCGAAGUUCCCCACCUGGGAGGAAGAAUACAACCAGAUCUCUGACAGUGCCAACGAGUCCAGCUGCAUCAACCAGGCACCCGAGCCGGAACUGGGGGAGCAGUACGAGCCCGUCUGCGACUCCACCUACAGCGAGGCCGAGUCGGCGGCUGCGGAGGUGCUGGACCUGCCUCUGCCCAGCUACUUCCGAUCCCGGAGCCACAGCUACCUACGCGCCAUCCAGGCGGGCUGCUCCCAGGAGGACGACACGGGCUCCGUCCGCUCCAUCUCCCCGCCGCCCACGGGCAGCCUCAGCGGCAGCAGGACUCUGCCCACCAACAGCAGUUCAUCAUGCCUAGUGGCAUAUAAAAAGACUCCACCUCCCGUCCCACCUCGGACCACGUCCAAGCCGUUCAUCUCUGUCACUGUGCAGAGCAGCACUGAGUCAGCCCAGGACACCUACCUGGACAGCCAGGACCACAAGAGUGAGGUCACCAGCCAGUCGGGGCUCAGCAAUUCCUCAGACAGCUUGGACAGCACCAGGACGCCCAGCGUCACCAGGGGCAGCGUCGUGACUCCGGCCAGAGACACUCCAGAGUUACCUCAGAAAAAUGCAACUUUGAAAAGUGACAAAGGGACUCUGACUAACGAAGAGCCUAAAGUGGAGAAUAUCCCCAAAAGAAAGUUAUCAUCUAUAGGAAUACAAGUUGACUGCCUUCAGCCAGUGGCAAAAGAGGAGCCUCCUCCACCAGCCACCAAAUUCCAGUCCAUCGGGGUACAGGUAGAGGACGAGUGGCGAAACAGCCACUCUCGCAGCAUGUCCUCCAAACAGGACACAGACUCUGACACACAGGAGCCCAAUAAUUCCAGCUGUAAAUCAUCUGAGAGAAGCCUCGCUGAGUGCCCUCAGCACAACAACACUGUUGGUGUUGAUGCCUCCACCAGGCAACCAGCCAAGCCCUCACAGAUUAAGAGAAACCUCUCCUAUGGAGAAAACAACGACCCAGCCCUGGAGCCUUCUUCUCUCCCUCCUCCUGACCCCUGGCUCGAGAGCUCCUCCACGUCGCCGUCGGAGCCGGCGCAGGCAGGGCCCUGCCGGCGGGACGGCUUCUGGUUCCUGAAGCUGCUGCAGGCAGAGACCGAGCGCCUGGAGGGCUGGUGCCGCCAGAUGGACCAGGAGACCAAAGAGAACAAUCUCUCUGAGGAAGUAUUAGGAAAAGUCCUGAGUGCAGUGGGCAGUGCACAGUUACUAAUGUCACAGAAGUUCCAGCAAUUCCACGGCCUCUGUGAGCAAAACUUGAACCCUAAUGCCAAUCCCAGACCCACAGCCCAGGACUUGGCUGGAUUUUGGGAUCUCCUCCAGCUGUCCAUUGAAGACAUCAGCAUGAAGUUUGACGAGCUGUACCACCUCAAAGCUAAUAGCUGGCAAUUGGCAGAGACACCGGAGAGAAAGGAAGAGAAGAAGCCACCCCCUCCAGUGCCAAAGAAGCCGGCCAAGUCCAAAUCGCAGCUGAGCCGGGACAAAGGCUCUGACUCGGACAAGCAGCGGCAGGAGGCACGGAAGCGGCUGAUGGCGGCCAAGCGCGCGGCCUCUGUGCGGCAGAACUCAGCCACCGAGAGCGCCGACAGCAUCGAGAUCUACGUCCCCGAGGCCCAGACCCGCCUCUGAGCCCAGCCACGGCCAGCCCGCGGCUUUUAUAAGUCAUUAAAUGGGAAAAAAAAGGUUCUCUCAAAACUAGUGUGAUUUAUUCAGUCUAGAGACAAUGAGCCAUCCUUGAAAAGGGCUCCUGAGUUGGCUUUUUUCUCUCUCAGCUUUAAGUAAUGAAAAUUUUAACAAAAAAAAUACAAACAAAAAAAAAUUUAAAAAAAGAAAAAAUGCCCCUCGUUUUCUCCCCAGCUGUGGUGUUGCUGAAUGGACUGGACAGACUCCUGGGAACUCCAGCCCCUUGACUUGGAACUUCAGUCUUUUUACUUGUUCUGUCUCACGAGAAUUAUUAGCUUGUUUACAAGAAGAGGACAAGAAAACAUGAAGCCUUGAGCACUUGCCAUGCUGCGUUCUUCCUCCUCCUCAGAUCUGUUCUGCCCUUCUCAUCCUUUAUUUUUCCCUCCUCCUGCUCCCAUUCUCCCACCCUUUGCAUGGUUUCGGUUCCCUUGUCCGGACACCCCUGUCCCCACAGAGAACACCUGUAGUGUGUCAUUCCUGCUGACCUCUCCAGCCAGCAGCCUGCUGGGCUUUGUGUUCUUGGAUGGGGAUGCUGGGGUGGGGGAGGACGGGCACAGUGGGCCCUAUCCUCAGUUUGUUGGAGGGAGAGGACGCCAGGGCUGUGGAAUGUGGGGUUGAAAUGCAGCCCAGAAGCAAAAUGUGCAAUAAACCUGGCACAGGGGAUCCCGAGAGCCGGAACUUUCUCCGGGUAAAGGAGCGGAGCUGAAGGAGCACGAGCCACAUCACUAUGGUUUGCCUCCUCUUCCCAUUCCCACACCGUUGUCCUUGGCCGGCUGGUGGAGAGAGGAGCUGCUGCAGCGGGGGCUGUGGGGUAAGCGUGUCCAGGAGGAGACAGGAGGGUGUACAUAUGCACAUAUACACUUAGUAGUACCUGUAUAGUAAUUCCUACACACGGAUCCUGCCCACACCACCACGAGGGUGGGCAGAUGUAUAGCAUAUAUUUUUACAUGUACUAUAUCUAGAUGUGUGUCCAAGUGUGUGUAAAAAUAUAUACCCUGUGUGUAAGCAGAUGACUAUUUUUUCCUUAUCUCCCUGCUCUCUGGGUAGAGGAAGGAUUGCUAAAUAUUUUUUAGGCCAUUUUUUCUUCCCCUUUGUAGGUCUCCUUUCCGAUCUGGUUCCUUGAAGCCAGAGCUGCCACCCCCUGAUUCUUUGCCACCCUCUCACACAGAAGGUUAUUGUCCCAUCCUGAGGGAUCUUGCUGGGGAUUUUUUUUUUUCCCUCUUCACGUUUGAACAAGUUGGGAGAUUGUGUGCUACUGUCACAGGGGUGGAGGUGGAAUCCCAGUGGUUUCAGUGAGAGUGUUGGUGAUCCGGAAGGCAAAAAAUAAAUAAAAGUGAAAUCCUGAA